UCACCAUCCGGUUAACUUGACCGCGAUCUCAGCUGUCGGAGCGGAGCGGCAGAGCGGAGGGGCUCCGGUCGUUGUCCAAUGCUGGGGAGCCGGGAAACAGGAACCGCGGGCGGCGGCGGGGAGGCGGCGGCCGGGUCGUCGGGGCCGCCGAGCGGAGCACACCGCCGGGAGGAGGCGCAGCCCGGCCGCGCAGGGUGUCGUCUCACCGGCCUGGUGAACUGGAGGCAGAGACCGUGCAGGACUACAGCCCUGUGUGCUGCAGCCAACGCGGCGCUCUGGUUUGUGGCCUUCAGCUCUCUCCGAGCCUACAGCCUCCUGGCCGUGCUGCUGGCUCUGCUGGUCGUCACGGUGACCGCCGGAGACAUCGCUCGGUCCAGAUCCACAGGAGCUCACUUAUGGCGCAGCAUGACUGCAAGCUGGGAGAUCAUUGACUCAGGCCAGGAUAGCCGGUCUGGGACUGGACCUCAGCUCAGUGACUCCCUUAAACUCUUCCUCCAGGAGACGUCAGCUUUCAAACAGCAAAACCCGGGCAAGUUUUGCCUGCUGGUUUGCAGUUUGUGCACCUUCUUUGCUGUCUUAGGACGCUACAUUCCAGGGAUCGUUAUCUCAUAUAUUCUAGUUCUGGGAGUUUUCCUAUGGCCUCUGAUUUCAUCCCACGAGGUUGGUUUGUGGCUGGAGCCAGUUCUGCAGAAGCUGGACUUCGGCAUCGGGGAGUUCCUUCAAAAAAUCAAAGAAAACCAUGAGAAGAGAAUGAUGCAGGCUCAGACUGAGAAAGAGGGCAUCGAGUCAGACCUCUCUUCAAUGUUUCCCAAGCUCGACUCCACAGUGUGUAAGGAAAUGUCUGUAUCGGACACAGAGGUGUCUGAUGUGACGUGGACGGACAACGGUACUUUCAACCUGUCAGAAGGACACACACCGCAGACUGAGAACUCGGAGGACCUCGACAGAGAAGAAGCGUUCACCGGCGGCCUUCCAGAAUUCCCCUCACUUGACAACGGCGCAACGACCAAUGGCGACGACGACGAUGACCUCAGCCUCGGCCUUCCCUCACCUCAACCUCAGCCCCAGAAGUCAAUCAAAUCCAAGCAUACACCCUCCCUUUACAAAGACCAACCCACUGACAAAGCCCUCGAGUUAGUCAACCAGAUGGCGGGCGAUGUCAUCGCUGCCGCUGUCACAGCUGCCAUCCAGGAGAGGAUAGAAGCAGCGGUCGGCCUCACGGCGUUGAGCGAAGACUUGGAGCGGUCAAGACUUCCAGAAUCCUCCAGGCUGCUGGAGCUGGCCGAGGAGUCGGACAGCGAGGUGGAGGACUUUGAGCUGCUGGACCAGUCGGAGCUGGAGCAACUGGAGGGGGAGCUGGGGCUCGGGGAAAAGAAGGUCCAGGCCAAAGAGGAGGCCAAGAGUGACCAGCCGGCCUCUUCUGGAUUCUUCUCCAAACUCCUGAGACGCCACUGAUUUGUGAAAAGUAUAGCUGGCAAGGGAAGAGGACUGGUUACAGAGGACAUGUGGAGGGGAGAUAGGGGUGUUCUGGUCACGGAGGACUGUUGGGGGUUGGGAGUAAACCAUUUUUCCAUUUAUCUUUCUCCUGUAGAGCUAAUAACAUCAACAUUUCAAGACUGGUCAGUUUGUCAAAUAUGGAGGUUGAAGUGACAUCACGUAAAUUUAGAAUCAUCCCAGCCUAAUGCCGAGAUCAGAGCGCACAAUGUCAAACCAGAUAAUGGCCCGACCUGACAGAGGUGGGAACGUAAAUGAGCGUUGGGUUCCACUGUUGCUUGUUUUAUCCUGCAUCACAUCAUAAAGACCUGUCAAAAAGGCGACCACGUAAUUCCUUCUCUCACCUACGACAGGUCCCAUGACGAUUUUGGAGAGGUGUGAGGAGGAAACAGAAAUUAACUGAAAACAGGGAGGGUGUUUCUCCUGUGCAUAUAUUUAUUUGUUUAUCUAUUUAUUUUUUAACAUUUAUUUACUUCCCGGUUGUGCGCCCUUACUGAGCAGCAGCCAACUCAGAGCUUUUUUGAUUAGCCUACUGGGCAGGUUUUGUAACGUGUAAUCAUGGGUAACGAAACAGUUAUGAUGUGCAGUUUUUUAGGUUCUUGGUGUGUUUGCAAAACUGGAACCGGGCCUCCUAAUGUCCUCCUAUUUUCCAAAUUUCUUAAAAAUAAUUGUUGCUGCUUCAAGGCAUACAGAAUUAAACAUUUAGUGUGCCUGAUCACCUUAACAUUUAUAUCAUGGAAGUUAAGAAGGACAGGAAGCGACGAUCAGUCGGACUCCAACCUUUAGUCUGCAACGUCUCAAUCAAGUAACUACUUGAUUGAGACGUUGAUUGCCGUAAUUAAUAAGAUUAAUGUGACUGUAAUAAAACACAAAAACAUUGUGUAGUCUGAUCCCGGCAUAAAAGGGACGUGAUGGUUUAAGAUGUAAGGUCUUACUUCUGGUUUUAUUCAAAUUGCUGUGGUUACAUUUGUCUUUUCAAAGCAACUUCUUUUAUGGCGAGAUCAGUUUAACAUUUUUAAGCAGCAUGUUAAAUAGUUCUUAGUUUUUAAGCAAAUAAGGCAAUUUUUUAGGUGUUUAUUUGUGAACAACUCUCUGCAUUUGCAACUGUUCUAUGAACAAUAAACUAGGGAUGCCCAAACUUUUUCACUUGCAGGGCCAAAAAUAAGCACUUCUAUUGUUAAAGCUGCAGUAAGUCAUUUUUAUAAAAAUAACUUUCUCAUAUUUGCUGAAACUUUCAGUAUAUCCUGACAGUAGAACAUGAGACCGAUAAUCUGUGAAACAAUCAGGUUCCUCUGGCUCCCUCCUAGUGGCUCCUAGAAUCCACUGGGCUUGAACAAAAACAACCAUUGUGUGUAACCAUGUAUUCAUAGAUUAUCUCUAUAUCAUCUUCUACUGUCAGGAAAGAGCGAAAGUUUCAGCAAAUAUGACAUAAACUUAUUUUUAUAAAAGUUACCUAUCAAAAAACAAGACAAUAAGAAAUAAAAAACUUAUAUGGAAGAUGUGAAAACAUUUAUAUAAAAUGUUUGAUCUGAUUGUAAUCCAAGCCUGAAUACAAACUGCACUGAAGAUCAGUUUAACUGCAGCAAAAUGCAUAUUUCACCAGUGACCUGUGGUGUUAUUUUGGGUCAAACAAGCGGAGACACUUCCUGUUAUAUAUGACUGACUGACUGCGUUUAGUUUAAUACACAAUGUAGACGGCUCACAACACGCCUAACACUCACUUUGCUGUUGAAUUGAUUCAUCCAACUACAUUGCCCAGAAUUCCACAGACAUCAAAUCAAAUGACAAUCACUCAGCAAUCAAAACACCUUUAAUGCUCAAAAUUAUACUACUGGUUGGAUAGUUGACUAUGACGAUUAAAUAGUAGAAAACCUUUUUUAUGUUUUAUUAUUUUAUUUUUUAAUUUUAUAUGUGUUUUUUUCCUGAAACAUUUAUGUAGUUGAAGGACUUUUAUUUUAUUACAACAUUUAGCAGGUCUCAAAAUACUAUGCAUGGAAAAAUCUAAUCAUUUUGAGACAUAAAUAAAUAUAAACAUUUAAACAUUUUACUUCCAGUGCUUCAGGCCCCUGUAUUUCACAGCUCACAGAAGUGCAUAGAGAAACAUAACUUUACAUUCGGAUCAUCCUCUAGCUAAUCAAACUAAAUUUAGAUUUUCUAUACGUCUAACAUGACUCGUAGUUUCCUGGCUGGUUCGGCAUUAGCGUUCAGUGGAUGUUUCUCAGAAAAUAUCUCCAAACAAAAACAGGUUCAGGCUUAAGAGUUACAUUCCUGCAAAGCAACUGCAAAAAACUCACAGUGAAAAAGGAGUUUCAGCCUCAGGAGAGCAUCAUUUUUCUGGCUUAAUCACCAAGUCAAGUGAUAAAUAGCAAAAUUUGAAAGCUACAGUGAGAAAUUUAUUUCUGCAUACUUACACAGAUAGUCAAAUCUGAGGACCUCUGGCCUCCUUAGAGACUUUUUUCUAACUAACUGAUGGAUGUGAAAGGAGAUUUAAAGCUGUGCAUUAAGAGGUUUUGGCUAUACAUUUCGGCUACGGUGGGUAAGGAGACACCAAGGAACAUCAUAAACUAAAAAUCCAACCUACACCUGUAGCUAUUAUUAUACACAUGUUUUAGAAGGAUAAACCUCUUGAGAUGAACCAUCUUGUUUUCCUUAACACAAAUAUACAGAAAAUACAGUAUAUAAAGCAAGAUAACACAAAUACACACAUAAACAAACAAAAGCUCACACACACACAGAUUCAAUUAGAAAUACCAAAAUCCAUACAGUAAAGAUACGUACAGUAAAUGUACACAUACCCAUACAAAGCUAUAUACAUGCACCUACACAUUAGAGAUAAAUUAUUUCUAUAAAUUGAGUGCAAUUAGAGGCAAGAACAUUUAAUUUUAAGAUAGUUGUUACCCAGCCAGUCUCUGGUCCAGUGUUGGCUACGAAGUGAGCCCAUGAAGACCACGUCAGAAGAUUCAAAAUUAGACUUAAAAUUAAGUUUAGUUUUCAUGCACUGAAAGUAAAAUGUUAUGAGAUGGCGAUUUACACCUUAAUUAUUAUUUAAGGAUGCACCUACGUAGGGCAGUCUGCUGUGUCAAGCAUCAGUCGUGGAUUCACCGAACGAAGAUAAAAUAUGACUGAACUGUUUCUUUAACAUGCCAUGUACAUUAAAAUACAUUGUUUUUUAUAAUAAAGACACACAGCAAUGUAUAAUGUAUCCUCUUGAAUUAAUCAUGUAAUGCCUUGUAUUAGCAUAACUCUGAAGAUACUAGAAAUAUGUGUUUAUCAGUGCCUAAGAGGACUUUGUAGUGGCUGCAGUUCAUUUCUAGCUCACAUGUGAUAACUGUAUAAAACAAAGAAAUGUUCCAAUCUCUAAGUAACAGUUCUGGCUUCACUAAAUGACUAAGACCUUUUUAAAUAUUAAGUAAACUGAUAAAAAUCAUUAAUGUUUUUCAUUUACCUUCAGGUUGUAUCAUGGUGGCUUCCAUGCAGUUGUCUGAAAGUAAGAAAUCCUUUGAACUUCAUUCAAAAAUAAGUUGGCGGGUCAGAACCAAACUGCAUUAGCAAAAUGUACUUUUAUGUAAUUAAACUCAAGAAUGUCAAUAAAAUGUUGUAACACA